UGGGAAGGCGGGAGCUAAGCAACUUCCGGUCGCUUCUUAAAGUUGUUCGUACAGUACAAACUUAUUUCACAAAGACCACAAAGACCACGCAGAAUCCACGCCAAUAAAGCUCAGAGCAUCGCAUUAAAAAAACAACGUAAUACAUGUAGGUAUUGAACUUAUCAAAUUAAAAAAAAAUAUUAUCCCAGACAACCCGCUUUCGGAAUUAUUAUCUUCCACAAAUCAUCAUUAGGUCUACCUACCUUACCCAACCUUCACCAUGGAGGCCUUACGAAGUCAGCUCGCUGAGACGCAAGGCGCGCUCACGGACAAAAUACUUCAAGUCAGGCAGCUACGAGCAGAUCAUGCGGCUGCGUUGAAUACUUGGACGCAGCAGAAGCAGAACUUUGAAGCAAAGCUACAACAACUCGAAGAUGAAAUCCGACGAUUGCGCCAAACAAAUGAAGUUUCUGAAGGAGGUGGAAAGCUGUUGUGCAACAAGGGAAAUGGACAGCGCGCGAAGAAAGUCUCGUUAGCUUCACUCCUCGGUGACGAUGAUGAACUAGUGGGUGAUAAUCCGGUCGCGCGGGAAGGGGAUGAUGAGACGGUCGUGAUCACCCGGUCGCAAAUGAAGGAUAUUGAGUCUAAGUUCGAAAAUAUCACAAAUAAGCUGGCGGAAAAGACGAAACUCUGUGAAUCCUUGCAGCAGCAACUACUACAUGUUCGACGAGGUAGUUUUGGUGCUGCAGAUGCUCGCGACAUUACCGACGAUCAAAUCACGAAGCGCUGGGAGAAUCUACGGAACAAAAUCCGAACGCUUUCGUUGGAUAGAUUCAACGAAACAAUUCAACCAAAACUGGUGCCGGACAAGUCAAAAGUAGAGUUCGAGCAUCUAUCAAAGCACUGGAAGACCUACAUGACUAACGGCGACCUAACUUGCUACAUCUUCCGAGCCCUGAUUUGGAGAUACCUGUACACGUGUUUACUGAGUAAAUACUGUCGGGUGUGGGGCAAGGAAUACGGCGAUGUGGCCACGAAACUGGGGCGACUUUUCGUGACCAAGAUGCCGGAUGCGGAAUUCGAAUUAUGGCGAAUACACACGGCGCAGCUGUUAAACAAAGCUUGCGAUCCCGACCCGGCCGUCGUGAGCGAUGUAACAAAGAAGAUAUUGGAAGCCACUACACUAUUUGCGACCGGAAUCGAUACGGAAACCCUGACGAAGUCGCUGACCGAGAUCGUCACGUCAGCGGCAGAAAUUAGCACCAUCCUAGCCCGUUCGCGAUACUUGGCUCUGAUGGCGGAUAAGCCCGGUAGUGAUCGCACGCGCGGAUUUGCGUAUCAGGCGGCCACUAUGGACGUGAGGAGCCACCUUGGAACCAAGACGAUUGUGGACAUGAUGAUAUCGCCGUGUCUACUAAAGAAGGAAGCCGACUAUGUGGUCCUUGUGAAGGCGGACGUCAUCUGCUAGAAGUAAUGCGCAAGGCCUGAUAUGACGCGAGGCGAGGCGGCAUCAGGGGAGGAAGCUGAAUAAACGUGCAGCGAAGUUAGACCAGGGGCCGGACGAGGCGAGAAUGUCAAAGUCGCAAAAUUUCCUGUGUACUUCAAGAUAAGGAUUAUAGAACUGCGUUGGGUGUUUGUUUACCCCUUAAUUCGGUCAAGUGUCUAUGGACCUUAUGGUGGGAAGGCGAAUAGAUUAAUUAUUCAGCGGAAUUGACUUCCAACUCUACCAAACCUCUUGUAGAAAGAAUAAAUUCAAGACUCUGUAACUUUAGGUUGGGCCCCUGUGUCUUAUCGAUAGGUAAUUUUUACAUGUG